AUGUCUUCAUCAGUUUUAGAAGAUAUUCAAAGUAAAUUGAUUAUUUAUGGAUAUUCAAGUGUGAUGUCUUUCAGAAUUAUUGAUCAUAUAUUUGUGAUUAGAAUUGUUAUUCGACAACGUGAAAAUGCAUGUUCAAUUUAUUUAUUAAGUUCAGCUAUAUUCAACGUUUUUUGUUUAAUAUUUUAUGGUUUUACUCAAAUAUAUCUUAUUAAUUACAGUAGUGAAACACCAGCUGCAUUUGGCUUAUGUAAAACAUAUAUUUAUUUAUGA